ACGUGAUCCGAGUUGGCAGGAGUCUGGGAGAGCGUCGUGCGGACAGAACGGAGGAGAUGGCCGAACGACGCUGGACCACGGGUCUGCUGGCUUUGAUUGGCAUCCUAGCGGCACUGACGAGCUGCGACACUGUUCCGUGGCAGGAGGAAAAGCUGAAACAUGAAGCAACCACACUGAGCUCCAGUGAACUGAGCAGUGUUGUAUCUCGUACCGAUCUGGACCGGAUGUGGCAGAAAGACCUGAAGCCCAUGCUUGUUGUGCGCUAUCCUGGUUCAACUGGAAGCCAACACGUUCAGCAGCAUAUUAAAUCAACCCUCGGCUCGAUGAAAGCGGGAUGGGAAGUGACAGAGGAUGCCUUCUAUGCUCAUACGCCUUACGGCCAUCUUCCCUUUACCAACAUAAUUGCAACUCUCAACCCUGAGGCCAAACGUCAGUUGGUUCUGGCCUGCCACUUUGACUCCAAAUACUACCCUCCACAGUGGGACGGCCGUGAGUUUCUUGGAGCAACAGAUUCUGCUGUUCCCUGCUCUAUGAUUUUGGAACUGGCAAGAGCCCAAGAUGACGAACUAAAGACCCUGAAGGAUUCUGGGUCAGACGUGUCACUUCAGCUCCUCUUCUUUGAUGGAGAGGAGGCACUUUUCCAGUGGACCUCUGAAGACUCUCUGUACGGCUCCCGUCAUUUAGCCCACAAAAUGGCGACAACAGCACAUCCACCGGAAGCCACCAACACCAGCCAGCUCGACGGCAUUGAUUUGUUUGUUCUACUGGACUUGAUUGGAGGUUCAAAUCCUCGCUUCGGUAAUCAGUUCUCCAGUACGACCCGAUGGCUUUCAAGACUACAAAAUAUUGAGCGUCGGCUGCACGCGCUCGGUCACCUAGAGAAUCACCCUAAUGAGGUUCAGUACUUCUGGCCUGGCCUGCAUGUGGGGCUCAUUCUGGAUGACCACAUAUCAUUUCUCAACCAAGGGGUCCGGAUUCUUCAUCUUAUUUCGACUCCUUUUCCUGCGGUGUGGCACACCUUUGACGACAACGAGGAGAACCUGGAUCGAACCUCCAUCAGCAACCUCAACAAGAUCCUGCAGGUCUUUGUUCUUGAGUACCUCAACAAGAGAAGUCAGAACCCUAUCGCUGAAGGCUCCUAAUGUUCGCCUGUGUCAUUUCUCAAGCACAGGAGACAAUGGUGCGUUUGACAUUCCAAUUUAGCCAAUUUCACCAAUUACAUUUUUUAAACCAUUUUUAUCACACAAUAAAUUUUUGUCACACAUUUAGUAUUCAUUUGUCGAGAUUAUGUGAGUUCAUUGCUGCAUAAUGUAUGUCUGUGGACUGUUCAAAUUCAGAAGACAUUUAAGUGAUCCAGGAUCAGACUCAGUAUACAGGGUUCACUGUGUCGGCAACAGUGUUUUCUUUAUAUGCAUUGGCUUUCGAAGCUCUAUUCAUGCCCCAGGACAUAAAUACCUACAAAAUAAAGAUUGGUACUCAAUAUAUCUUUUUUUUGCUUGUUAUAUGAAUAAUAUAAUUUAUAAUAGCCUUAUACUUUGUAGCCUUUUUGACUUCAAAUGUAAACUGUUUUAUGAAAGAAUCAUACUGUUUUAUGAUGCUUGUGUGAUUCUGUAAGCUGCUGCUUGUCAUGUGUUCCUCACUGACCAGUGGGAUCUGAAAGCUUUUAUUGUAACUCUAAACGUGUAUCCAUUUUAAAUAGCUGUUCAUGAUGUGAAACAGCGAAUAAAUCGUUUACAAAG